AUGUUAGAAUAUUUGAAUUGUAACUUUUGUGGAGAUUUGGAAUCUGUAUACACAACUAUGUUAACUGUCGGUGCUCUUAUUGAAUCAUUAGUGGCAAUAUAUAAAAAGAUUUAUUCUACUAAUGAUCCACGGUGGAAAAAGACAAGUGAGCUACAUGUAUUGGAAGUUAUCAUGAGUUUAGCUCGGUAUUAUUUACAAAAUGUUGAUCUAUGGCUAUCAGGGAUGAAAAGGAGAUGGAAACUGUGA